CAAUGUUCUCAGAAGAGGUGCAUAGAAUCUGCCCUUACUGACAUAUUUAAAGGACCCGGGACCCUUGCAUAAGGUGCAAGGGGGACAAGCCCCCCCUCUGGCAGAUGGCUGCGCUCCCCAAUAACCUGUAACAGCUAUGACGAGUUUGGGCAGAUUGUUAUAAAGCUAUGUGAGCCUAUUCCUCUACUGCUCUCUCCUCCUUCUCCUCAGCCUCGCAUCCACCAUCCUUUGUUCUUCUCUCUCUUUCUAUCACUAUAAGUCUCCUUUCUACAGACACUGCUCCUUGUCUUGCUUGACUACUAGCCCAGCUAUCCUGCACUGCAGCACAGACCCAGGUCUCCUCCCCCAUGUAGUCUGCCCCCACCACAUUCACCCCCUACUCCUCCCCCCCCAUCUCGGGGAUGAGACGCUCUGCCCAACUUUCAGCCUGUGCCAAACCCACGGAGUUCUCACUCCGAUAAAUAAUAUAUCUCCAGAAAAAUCCCUGGCAGCCUCCUGCCACGGCGAAGAUGCGCUGCGCCCAGGAUCUACUGCAGGAGCUGCUGGAGUGAGGAGGAUGCCAAUCUGUUUCCUGGGUGGAAAGAACAAGCCUUUUGUUAGGAUUGCUGAAUGCCCAGGUGCUCCCAUUGUAUGAAGCGCAAUGAUAAAAACAAUCUCGUGACAGGGGAUCCCGCACGUUGUGUUACUGGAGCUCUGCAGACCAUGAAGUCAGCGGGAUGUUAGACUCCAUCUCGGCGCGGUAAUCCCAGCAAGAUGGGAAGGGCAGAAAAGAUGCCGCUUCUUCAGUAUUAACAGGAUGAAAGGAUAUCAUGGGGAAGGCAACCAAUCACAGCCUCCAUGUCACUGCAUCCCCGAAACACGAGAAAGAGCACUGGAGUUUUCUCAUCACUGCUCUGACCUCCGCAAAUCCUACCCUUGCAGCGCCUCUGAGUCUUGUUCCUUGGACCUUCACUAUUACCCUUCUAGGAGUGCUGGUGUGACCUCAGAUUGCCCAGGUGGUCCUCUGAGCAUGCCAGAACCUCGGUCCUCCAGUGGUGGUACAUACCCCAGAAUGCACCACAACCCCCAGCAGUUCGACUGUGAUGAUUGUAUGGCUGCCCUUGCACACAACUCCAGCAAGAUCAAUCGCCUACCACCAACCCUGCUGGACCAAUUUGAGAAACAGCUGCCUCUGCAUCAUGAUGGCUUCCAUACCCUCCAGUAUCAGCGUACCAGCACCACAGAGCAGCGUAGUGAGAGCCCAAGCCGCAUUCGUCACCUUGUGCACUCUGUCCAGAAGCUUUUUGCCAAAUCCCACUCCCUGGAGACACCCUCAAAAAGGGAGUUCAAUGGGACCCGGUACGAGGGACGUGGUGGGGAUGGCUAUCAGCACUCUCAACCUCGGCACAGCAAGAGAAGCAAGAGCAAAGACCGCAAGUCAGAACCCAAGCACCGGUCAAAAAUGGCAGGGUGGUGGAGCUCUGAUGACAACCUUGACAGCGACAGCAGCUUCUUGGUGUCUGCGCGUCAUGCCAUGGAGCAUGGAGCUCCCUUUGGAGUGGACACUCCUGAAAGUGCCUUCAGAGACUUGACCUUGAAGAGUUUAAAGGGUGGAGGUGGAGAAGGCAAGUGCCUGGCCUGUGCUGGGGUGUCUAUGUCAUUGGAUGGGCAGACACUAAAAAGGAGCACAUGGCACACCAUGACAGUCAGCCAGGCAAGGGAGGCCUAUACAAGCUCAGGGGGCCACCACCAAGACAAGAUACUAAUGCUUCAGGAAGGCAAGGGGAAGGAACGAGGCUAUCAUUACUUACAGGUUCCACCAGAUGAAUGGGGGGGUUACCCAGCACCAGGCAAAGAAGGAGAGAUUCCCUGUAGGAGAAUGAGAAGUGGCAGCUAUAUUAAAGCCAUGGGGGACGACGACAGUGGAGACUCUGACACCAGCACCAAAAUGUCGCCCAAGGGUGCUACCAGGCGGGAGAGGUAUCGCAGAUCUUCAAGUGUCGACCACCCCAGAACCAACUGCUGCACUCCACCCAAAAUCCAUCCUAAGGGACAGGGCUAUGGUCUCUCCAUCACGGGUCAGUUAAAAGGGGAGCUAAACCAUCACUCUGGCGCCAUGUGUGAGUCAGUUUUUAGUGAGGUGGAAUCUCACGCUGUAGAAGCCUUGGAUCUCCCUGGCUGUUUCCGAAUGCGCAGUCACAGCUACCUCCGUGCCAUCCAGGCUGGCUGUUCCCAGGAUGACGAUUGCAUCUCUGUUUUCUCUGUGUCCGCUCCAUCAGGACAAGCUCUUGCCAGCAACAUUCUUAAGCCCAACACUUCCUUCAGUUACCGCAAAGCUCCACCACCCAUUCCACCCAGGCUCCUCUCCAAGCCCCUCAUCUCAGUGACAGCCCAAAGUAGCACAGAAUCUACCCAUGAAACUUUUCUGCACAAUGAGCCUACACGAUUGCCUUGGUCCAAAGAUACUAAGGGUCACUGCAACUCCAGUGAGAGCUUGGAUGGAACCAAGUCCAGGGGGCUGUCUUUGGAUCUGGCAACUGCCCAGCACAGAGCUUCACCCAAACCUCCCACUGUGAUCAGCAAAGCCCUGCCAUUGCAGGAAGAACUGAAAGGAGCUCUCAGGCAGAGGAAAUGGCGCCCUUCCAUUGGAGUGCAGGUUGAGAAUAUCUCAGAUUCCGACACAGAAGGAAAAAGUCGGAGAGAGUUUCACUCUAUUGGAGUCCAAGUAGAAGAUGACAGAAGGAAGGCAAGAUUCAAACGCUCUAACAGUGUGACUGCUGGAGUUCAAGCUGACCUUGAGUUGGAAGGGUUUCCAGGGCUCACAGUUCCCACAGAAGACAAGGGACUUCAGUUUGGGCGCUCCUUUCAGCGACACUCCUCAGAGCCUUCGGACACGAGCCAGCAGUACUCAGUGUACAAGACAGUGCACACCCAGGGCCAGUGGGCAUACAGAGAGGACUACCAAAUGCAGUAUGAUACACCAGAGGAGGCCCGGCAAGAGUCCUGGAUGAACAGGGGUACUCACAGCCUUCCGGAUUCCGGGAGAGCAUCUCCUUGCCAUCGUGAUGGGGAGUGGUUUAUUAAGAUGUUGCAAGCAGAGGUGGAAAGGAUGGAAAGUUGGUGCCAGCAAAUGGAGAGAGAGGCAGAAGAGUAUGAUCUUCCAGAAGAAAUCCUGGAGAAGAUCCGUAGUGCGGUGGGAAGCUCCCAACUCCUCAUGUCUCAGAAAGUACAGCAGUUUUUCCGACUCUGCCAACAGAAUAUGGACCCCACCUCUUUUCCAUUGCCCACCUCUCAGGACCUAGCUGGAUUUUGGGAUCUUCUCCAGCUUUCCUUUGAAGAUGUGGGUAUCAAAUUUGCCGAACUGCAACAGCUAAAGGAAAAUGGUUGGAAACUGUUAGAAUGCAAGGAGGAGAAGAAGUUGCCCCCUCCGAUACCAAAGAAGCCUCUCCGCCAGAAAAUACAUCCUGUUAAGGAUCGCUCCUUGGAUUCUGUUGAUCGCCAGAGGCAAGAGGCCAGAAAAAGGCUAUUGGCAGCUAAGCGGGCUGCCUCUUACCGACACAACUCUGCCACAGAGAGUGCUGACAGCAUAGAGAUUUACAUCCCUGAAGCCCAGACCAGACUGUGAAGAGGACAAUGUACACUUAUCUUUUGUACGCGCUGUAUAUAAUAUUAUACAUAUAUAUAGAGAAGAUUUAGAGAUUAUUAUAACAACAAAAA